AUGACUCUUGGCACGGGGAAGAGGUCGUAUCGCGCGUGUACGAGAUGCCGAAGUCGAAAGACCAAGUGCAACUUUGAAGGGGUUGGAGAGCCUAUGAAACCUCCCUGUGUUUCCUGUUACUAUUCUGGAAGUGAAUGCGUUGUGUCUUCAUCGCGCAAGUCUCGUAAAGCAAGGCGGGAUCACAACACCCAAGCGUCUCCUUCCUCAGUCGAACCAUCACCCGGGCCAGCAUCUCCUCGGUCUUCAGUCUUCGUCCCCUCAACGAACGAAGAUGGUUGCAACGAAGAUGAAGUUACGGGACCCGAUGAUCACAAUGACAUGGAGCUCAGAAAUCCCUCUGAUGCUUUGCAGAUUCUUGCUCGUUCAAGGAACAAGGUAUCUACUAGCAAUUCAAUUACACAUCGUCCAACAUCUCACCAUACAAAUACCAUGCCCUCAGCCAAGCCCAGAGAGACUCUUGUAAGACUGGAGGAAUUCGACGGCUCUGGCUUUCGGAUAGAAACCUCAGGCCCUAAGUGCAUGACAGAUACGAUGUCGGGACUAAACAACUUUGAGCUGAUUCGACGAGGUGUACUUCGCCUUGACAAGGCAUCCGAGCUUCUGGAUAUGUUUGCAAGCAACUAUCAUCCGUACUGCCCUGUCACUCCGACAUACUUCUUCACACAGCCAGGCCAGCUACAGAAACGUGACUACUUUCUACUAGCAGUCUUGUUGACUAUUGCAUCAAGGGACUCUCCAGUGGACGCACAUCUUCACAGCCAGUGUUGGAAUUACGUGCAAAGUCUACUUCUUCAAGUGCUCCUAGCUCAUUCAUGGACUCAAACCCCGCGAACAGUCGAGGGUUUGCUACUCUUAUCUGAGUGGUUGCCUCAUAUUGAAUCAAAACGUUCCGCCUUGGCGGUCCACAAGGACCACUUCAGUGAAGGACAAACAGCUUGGUCAAUUGUCGGUCUCGCCGUACGCUUAGGCUACUCGUUGAGACUAGACCGUGCCGCAUUCCGGAGUCCUUCAUCGGGAGAGUCAGUAGACGAUAAACAGGAGCAGAAUCGUCUCAUUUGGACGUUCACCUACUUGGCAGACAGGCAGAUCUCAGUUCGACUAGGGCAGUCUUUCUGGUCCCGUGGGCCGGCUCUCUCUUCCAAGUUCACGGCCAAAGACUUUCCGAGUCUAAAGCCUGUGGCUGGAUGUAGUACCGACGACUACGCAUCAGUUCUGCAUGCGCACUUGGAUUUGAUGCAGAUACUUCACAACGCUCACUCGAUACUCUACUCGGCCAAUGAGAGAACGCAGUCGAUGAUUAACGAGGGCGAUUAUCCGCGCUACUUGGAUGACCUGAUGGAAGCAGCAACGGCAUGGAGUACCAAUUGGGGAGGUCUCCAAGUUUCUCCGAAGCUGAAGUCUACGCUUCGUAUUUCGCACGAAUAUCUCUCCCAAUGCGGUUCGAGACUGACUGCAGCUGGAAGCUACGGACUCUAUGCCGCAGUGUUUCUAUACAAGGCUCUAAAUGCAGGGGCUAUACGGGGUCAUGCUCAACAGAAACAAGUGAGAGGCCUAUCGCAAGCCUUCAUCUUGACCCUGGACGAAGUGGCCUCAACUGAACCGCACAUCUGCCAUGGAUACAGUGUCCUACUGAGGGAGCUUUGGCAGCAAGACAAAGACCCGCAGAUUGAAUCAGGCCCAGAAGUCCAACGUGACCAAGGAACUCAUAAAGAUCAUUCGAGUGCAGUAGAAGACACCAUCAUCGGCGAUCCAUCGACGUGGGGCUCCGAGGGGGGUUCUCAGCCUAUCGUGCAAGGCCUAGACCGAGUGAACCAGCCUCUCGCCGGAUCGAGUUCCAGCUCGGCGGAGGCUGUUGUUGGCACUCAGGACCUCCUAUCCUUUGAAAACUACUUAUUCAAGUCUAUGUGGCCCGAACUGGCUAGCCCAGAGCAUCAAGGGGACUUCUAUGACUUGGAAGGAGAGCUCCUAGGUUUCGAUAUGGAUCCUUUGAGCGAGUUUGAACCACUCUAG